AUGAGUUAUAUCCAUCCUUCAUACGCCUACGGCGGCCAUGCCGGAGUCCCACUGGAGCAGCCCAUCGUCUGCGGUCCGCCCAUGGCUCACCCGGCCAUGGUUGGUCCCAUGGAUGGUUAUCUGGUCCCCCGUCCUCCUUACGAGAUGCCUGAAUACUAUGCUCCUAUGCCUAUCAUGGAGGACCGUCAUGAAGAAUACACGGAGAAUAUGUCGCGGCCGCGUCUGACCAAGGAACAAGUCGAGACGCUGGAGGCCCAGUUCCAGGCUCAUCCCAAGCCCAACAGCAAUAUCAAGCGUCAGCUGGCCGUGCAGACAAAUCUCAGCCUUCCUCGAGUCGCGGUUGGUUUGAUCCUGAACCGACGCGCAAAGGCCAAGCAACAGAAGCGCCAGGAAGAGUUCGAAAGGAUGCAACGGGAAGCGAAGGAGAAAGAGGAACGGGAGAAAGCUAAAGCCGAAGAAGAGAAGUCCAAAUCGGAGUCUGACCAAUCUAGCCAGACGAACGACAAGACGGAUAGCCAGGAAAACAGUCAGUCGAACAGCCAGCCAGAUAAUCAGUCCAACAGCCAGUCAGACAAUCAGUCCAACAACAAUCAAUCGAACACUCAGUUUGACGAGACGAACAGCCAAACGAAUAACCAGACGAACAGAACACCCGGGCCAGAGAAGGACCAAACUUCGACUCCCAAGCAGGACUCGACUGCCUCGGCAUCUAAUGACCCUAAUGAUCGGGUAAACACUCCUGCCAGCUCGUCAUCAAGGUCAAGACACCAAAAGACGCCUAGUGAGGCUGCUCGAGAAGCAACCUUCGCUUCCCUGCAAAGGGCCCUUAAUCAGGCGGUGGCCGCUCGAGAUCAGUUCAAUCAGCAACCGGACGGCAACGUCCUGGUGGGAAGUUCUGAGAUGCCCAUGAACCUCCCGACCUCGACCUUACCUCCGGCCGGCAAUGGCCCCCAGAGCUCGCUUAACCCUGGAUUUUCCGAAUGGGGAGGUAGUCGAGAUUCCUCGAUGGCGUGGACACCGUCCCAGAGUCCCCAGGGAGGGUUUGAGUUUGGCAGUUUGAACGCGAUGCAAUUUGCUUCUCCGGAUAAUAAUCAUCUCACGGGCCCUUCGAUGGAGGGCCCAACGAACCCGAACCCGGAUAUGACGGGUACGGCUGCCUUUGGCAACGUCCAGAUGUCUCAACAAUCCCAGGCUUGGGAUGGACAGUUGCAGGGACAGACAAAUGCCCUCCCGGAGGGUCAGCCAGGCUCUGAGUCAAUGUAUGGAUCUCUCCAAUUUUCCUCCCUGCAGCCGCCGGAAGGUCCAGUCGAGAGGCGUGCCUCUUCGUCGGAGGAGCUCACGGAAUCGAUGGGGAACAUUGGGAUCACGUCGAUGUCGCCUUCACAACAGACCAUGCAACAGCCCUCCGAUCAGAUGGAUGGCCCGGUCUGGAGACGGCCUGAGAAGGAGUUGGACAUUGCAGCCCGUCGGAAACGACCCCGACCAGCUGCCAUUGGCACCACCAGUUCGACUAGGCCCUUGGUAGGACCAUCGUCGAUGUCGCCCACGACGAGAGUUCCAAACUUUGGCGGUGCCCAUCCGUUACGGCACGCCAAAUCGUCUCACGCCCUGGGUGCACGGUAUGCUGGGGUGAGGAAGAUCUCCGCACCUCAGCGUUCCCCCCUUGGCUUCUCGACUUUCGCCGAAGCGGCUUCGGCCAACGCGGACACGAAACGAAGAUUGCAGACGUCUGCAUCGGCUGGUAAUCUGGCUCCACCGACACCUCUCACGCCGGAAGACUUACAGCACCUGAUGCCGUCGACGCCCCGGGACAAUCAAUACAAUCUGUCCGCCGCUCAACGUCCUGCGGAGGGGCAACUUUUCCCAACCACACAGCCGAUGCAGAUCAACGUUGCAUCUCCACCGGCAACGCCCAUGUCGGUGGAUUUGCUCUCCAUGCAGUAUCAGAACCUCGCGCCUCCCUUGUCUGCGCCGGCCCACUACUCGACGUUCCCGGAAUACUCGCCAGGAUCGAGCGGACAGAUGACGGGUGUCAGCUGGGCUGAUAUGCAAGGUCUUCCCUCGCCCGAUACGUCGUCGUUUCAGUCGAACAUGCAAAUGCCCCAGGCUAAUUAUGUUUCUGCGGUUUCUUAUGAGCAAGACGUCGACAAAGACGGCCAGGCGGCGGCUCAAUGGACCAUGCCGGACAAUUCCCCGAUGUACGGCACGGUCAAGGACUCGAGCACGCCUCCUGCGACCGUGGUCAUUAACGAAGAUCAGAAAGUGACGCAGUUCCACAUUCACGAAUUCCCUCAGCAGCAGGAGGCUCACCGGUCUGUCGCGCAACAGCUGCCGCCUCAGAAACCCAAGAACUAUACUUUUUCUCAUCAGACUCCUAGCGACUUUUAA